CGGGGCCGCCGCGCGAGGCCGGUGCGUGGGGGCUCCGCGGGCGGGGACGGUCCCUGCGUGGGCAGGGCCAGGAGAAGGCGACGCCCGCCAUGAGCUCGUCGGCGCUGCUGGCUGAGGGCCCCCUCGACCCCCCGGUGCUGCUGGCCGACAUCAAGACGGAGCCCCCCGAGGAGCUGCUGGCCAGCGACUGCAGCCAGCCCCAGGCCGAGCCCGUCGAUCUCUCCCUCAAUAAAUCCAAGGUGGCUCCGGCCUCGGCCCCGCCGCCACCGCCUACCACCUCGGUCCAGUCUUCCCCCAUGCUCGUGGCUCCCCCGGUUCCCGCUCCCAGCACCGUGUCCAUCCCGCCCUCCGGUCUCAGCUCCACCUCGGCCAUCCCGGCUGUCCUCUCGCCCGGCUCCAUCCUGGCCUCCACGCAGGGCAGCGGCGGGCAGCAGAUCCUCCACGUCAUCCACACCAUCCCCUCCGUCAACCUGCCCAGCAAGAUGGGCAACCUGCAGACCAUCCCCGUGGUGGUGCAGUCCCUCCCCGUCGUCUACACCACCGUGCCCACGGACGGCGUCACCGCCAUUACCGUGCCCCUCAUCGGGGGGGACGGCAAGAACGCUGGGUCUGCUUUUCUUUCCCGGACCCCUCCAGUGAAAAUGGACCCUGGCUCUGUGUACCCCAUGGACAUGAACAGCGACAGCGAGGACAGCGCCUCCGAGAGCGGCCCGGCGCCCUUCCAGGACCUGCCGAGAGAGCCGGCGGCGCGGGGGCCCAGGGCCGAUUCUCCGGACCUGAAGAAGCGGCGCAUCCACCAGUGCGACUUCGAGGGCUGCAAUAAGGUCUACACCAAAAGCUCCCACCUCAAAGCCCACCGGAGGAUACACACAGGCGAGAAACCCUACAAAUGCACGUGGGAAGGCUGCACCUGGAAGUUCGCCCGCUCGGACGAGCUCACCCGGCACUUCCGCAAGCACACAGGCAUCAAACCCUUCCGCUGCUCGGACUGCGACCGCAGCUUCUCCCGCUCCGACCACCUGGCCCUGCACCGCCGGCGGCACGUCAUGAUGUGAGCGGUGCCCGCCGCGCUGGGAGCCGGCAGCGCCUCCCUCCCUCCAUCCUCCGCACCCCGCGGCUCCUGCGGGGCGGGGCGGGGACUGCGCAGCGCCGGGGCCGGGCCGUGCCCGCUGCAGGAGCCCCGCCGGCACGGCACGGGACGGCAAACAAUGGAUUCUGGACUGCUGCCCCUUCUCUCUUGUCCCCAGCUGUUUUUAUUCCUGGGUUUGUCCUCGCCUGGAGGCUCCUUGACUCCUCACCUGGAAUUCACCCAGCAGCUGCCUCUGGCUCUUCAGCCUCCUGCCCGUUGUUGUCCCCCUCCGUGUGCUCCCUGUCCCCUGCCACUCCCGGGAGCCGUGGCGAGGACGGGGGCAGGGCUCGAUGGGCCCUCGUGGAGGAGCUGGUGGCCAUUCCUGCUCCAUCCCCAGGCUGUCCCAGCAGGAGAAGGGACAUCACCUCUCUGCGUGUCCCUCAGCACGUGCUGGGCUUCAUGGGAAGUGCUGGGUGUGCAGAGAGCCAGGAGGAAAAGAGGAAUCAAGAAAGGGGGAAACAACCCAACAGUGACCCACAAACAAGACCAUCAGCACCACACAAACGGAAACUUUGUGGAACAUGGAACUUUUCUUUUAUGGAAUUCUACAAGGGGGUGGGACAGGGUGGGGGGGACGAGGGCCAGCAGCUCUCGGGUUUUUUGGAAGACUCUGGGCCACUUGAAGUGUUUCUAAGUUAAACCAGCGGCUGUGGCCACACGCUUUGCUUUUUAAUAAUGGUUUUUGAGGAGUGUUUCUUCAUCCCCCACCCCAGCCAACCCCCCUGGUUGCUGGGAGGGUGUCAGGAUUUGGGGUUGGAUGCUCUGAGCUGUUGGGUGGUGGGGACCAUGACACCUCCCAUGCUCAGCUCCCAGACUCCCUCUGAGCUGGUGCUUUGCCCUGGCUGUGUGGGGACGGGGGAACUGGUGUGAGGAAAGGCUGGGGGGCACUUCAGGGACCUGUGGCCCCUGAAAACAGCUCACAGCUGCUUGGGAAAGUGCUUUUCCUCCUUGCCAUCCACCAGCCAGGUGUGGCCUGGGCAGAGCUUGUCCCUGGCCUGAGGUGGUCCCUGAUGCCAUGGCCUGAGGGAGAGUCUGGCUGGGCACAGGUGAAGUGCUGGGAGUGCCCCUGGCACAGCCACCCACCCUGCAGGGCUGGGCUGCACAGCUGCCAGCUGGGCAAUGCCUGUUCAAACCUACUGAUGGCAAAGGGCACUGUAGGAAUAGCAUGGAUUGGCCUGGUUGGGGUGGGGAUGUCACCUCCCACAGGGGACAGGGACAAGGCAGAGCUGUUCAAGGCACUCUGUGUGCAGAGGAUGGACCAAGGGGGUCCCAGUGUCGUGAGCUGGACGAGCAGGACUGCAGGAAUGAUCUUGAAGGAACUUGUGCAGGAUCUCCUGCUCCAGCUGGAUCCCUCCAUAUCCCUUUGGGACCUGGUGGGAUUCAUCUGAGAAUGCUCCAGGAGUUGCUGAUGCCAUCACAAAGCCUCUCUUGAUGAUUUUGAAUGGUUUGGGACUCCAAGGGGUCCCAGCUGGCUGGAAACUGGGGACUGUUGUCCUGAUUUUCCAGAAGGGCAAGAAGGAGGACCCUGGAACCCCCAGGGCUGUCAGUGUCACUUCAGUGCCCAGAAAAAUCAUGGAAAAGAUGAUUCUGGGAAGUAUUGGAAGAAAACACAGUCAUUGGUUCAGCUCCAUGAGGGGAAAGUGCUGCUUGUCCAGCCUGAUUUCCUGCCACAACAGGGUGUCUGUCCCACCUGGCUGAGCAAGGACAGCCAGGAGAUGGAAUCUUCUUGGACUCCAGCAAAGCUUUUGAUCCCGACUCUCCCAGGGUCCUUCUGGACAAAAUGUCCAGGCUGCAGCUGGAUAAACACAUGGGAUGGGCUCCUGGGUUGGGCACCGAGGAUGGCACAGUGGGGUGACACCAGCCUGGCCCCUGUCAUUGCUGGGGUGCCACAGGGCUCCAGCCCCAUCCCAGUUCUCUUCGUUGUCCUGAUGAACAACCCAGAUACAGGACUCUAAGGAGUACUAAGGAAAAAAUCUCUAAAUUCUUCAACUGAAGCUUUUUGGGAAUUUUGUAUGAAAGAUGUCCCCUUCCAGGGAGAAAAAUUACAAAGAAAAGA